UAAUCGAGGCGUCGGUUGCCUUGGCAACCGGGAGGCCCUCCAGGCCGGGAUCCUAGAGUUGUUGCUACUGAGCCUCUCCGCGUUUCUUCCCGCUGCAAAGUGGAGGCAUGGCAUCCUUGGGUGGGAGGGAGGCGUGCUUCAGCCCUGGGAGUGCCGAUUGAACAGAAAACAGCGGCUGCCCCGUUCUGAUGUCUCAUGGAUAAACUGUAAAAGAGAUAACGAUGGAGGAGGAAUUUACAGAAUACCUUGGCUCUGCUUCUGAAAAGCAGUUGCUUGAACAUGGAGAAACUGCUGACCAAAAUGAUGGAAAGAAGUUGCAAGAUCUUGUAAUGGUUCGGCAACAUGCUCAGUAUUUAAGUGAUCUACGAGACAUGCACUACUGUGUUUCACUUAAGAUAUGUGAUUUAUCUGGUAAUUUCCUUAUAAAUAUUGAUGCACUUGAAUGUUGUGUUAAUUUAAUUAAACUGGAUCUCCAUAGCAAUCAGCUAGAAGAGCUUCCAGGCCCAAUGUUUUGGGGGAACAUGGCAGACUUAAAACUCCUCUACCUUCAUGAUAAUGGAAUUUCAGCAUUGGAAAAUGUGCAUUCAUUAUCUUUCUGCCCUAAUCUUACUGCUCUCACCUUGUUCAAUACUCCACUAUGCCUGAAAGUAGCCUAUAGGCAUAUUGUUGUCAACAGCAUUUUUUCACUCAAGGCACUGGACUAUUAUGUCAUUUCUGAUGAGGAAAUAAUUGAGGACUGGAGGCUUCCUGCAAAAUAUAAACCAUUUACUCCUAGCUUUUUUGUGGAUUUUUGUCCUCUUGUUGGGAAGGAAGAAUUGCCACAAACAAUAAAGAAUGGAAGAAAACCAUUAAUCUCCACUCCAGCACAAUGGAAUAACAGGAAGGAAAUUACGUUUCAGGAAGAAAUGAAAAGGGUAAGAGAGAUAAUUUCCAAGAUCAAUUAUGUUCUAGCUCAUCAUUCACCAGUUGUGAUUAUUCAGAAAUGGAUAAGAGGAUAUUUAAUUAGAAAAAGAUUGUGUUUGAUUCCUGUACGUGAAGUUCUGCGACAGAAACGGUACUUCAGAGAUGGAACAAAGGGAAUGUAUAUUCAAAAGAGACCUACAGUUCAUAGCAGCAAAAGCUUUCUGUUUCAUACCAUUAAUCCAGAACAGCACACUGUGGAUAAAAAAUGUACAUCUGGGAUCCAAAUAAUGAAUGUGAAAAAUCUUGAGGAGCUUCAUUUGUAUUUGAGAAGAUUACAGUACCCUAUUCUCUCAAGCAUACUCCGAAUGGGAGAAAAGGAAAAGAUCAAACAAAAGAAAUCACGGUCACCACCAAGAAAGGAUCACACGGACUGGAAAAAAACUGAAAUGAAAGAUGAUAAUGAGAUGGCAACUAAAUUUAGGCUUUCGGUGUGUAGACUGCCUUUUUAUUCAUUGAUCACAGAGAUGGAACAGUAUCAAGAGAAAGAGAAGGAGUUUUUUGAUGCUGUUCAUGACUUACGUUACAUCACCCGUCCUAGACCACAGACAAUGCCUGUACAUAUUCCAGGUAGCAUUGACAAGAGAGUCUUUGCUAGAGCGUUUGGAACAGUAAGACUGCGCCCGUUGUGUGCCAUUGAUAAAGCAUACUGGCAAAGUCAGAAAUUGGAUGUCCAGGUUAAAAAGGAGCGGGAAGCUCUGAGGAUGCUCAUUGCUAAAAGUGAAGUUCAAGAGUACCUUCGUCAUUUACAUGAUGAUAAGAGAGAGCAUAUUCAGAAGAAAUAUGAAGAGGAGAAGCUUAUGAUUGAUGAUACUUUGAAAGUGUGCAAGCAGGAAAGAGCUAAGUUAAUUAGUGAAAUGAGACAGAAGUAUAGUCAUUUUUUAGACAGCAAGGAGAGAAGGACCAUAGAAAAUGCAUUCAUUCAACGCUUCAGCACUCAGCAUACUUCUUUGACAAGAGGUUUAUUAAAACUUGAUGGGUGGAGAUAUCACGAGGAGGUUAUAAAGGAGAGAAAAUAUAUUGUUAAAGGAAUUGUUGAAGAACAGAAGCAGCGAAAAGAGAUGUAUAAACAUUUUCAUGUGGAGAGGCAACAGAUGCUACAAAGACAAAACACAGAUGAGAAAUUGUUGAGGAAAUGUGUGGCUCGAGAAAAGGCAAGAGAGAGAUUCCAGCAAUCCAAGGCAAAAGUGGAAGCUGUGAAGCAGCCCAGAAGGAGAAUAUCUUACGCAUUGCCUGUGAUUGGCAGUUCAGGCACUGCCAAGCCAGUAGAAAAGUAUGAUAGUAUAGCAUAGCAGGGGAAGGUACAUAAGCCCAGUUGUACUGUAUUAAUUUAGUGCUCUGAAUAAGAUUGUUACGGUCCCAUAAAUGGAUGAUCUGCUUAUCCACUUCUGUUUGUACUGGUUUUGAAACAUAACCCCCCCCCCAAAAAAAGAAUCUGAUAAGUGGAUAUAAUAUGUAAUUAAAAAUAUUGUAGCAUUUCCACAUGAAGAAAACACAGCUGUAGUCUGUUGCACUAAUUGUUAGCAAAUGUUGAUUUCUAAGCAGCAAACAUUUUAAGCAUACAUGUGAUUACCUCUGCACUUAGCUUUAAAAUUAAAUUAUUCAGUGCCGCAUAAAAAUAAUUGGAAAAGAAUUCACAAGUUACUAAUGUAGUGAAGUACAAUAAGUACAGUUGAACAUGUUGACUACGCUCACUGCAGGCAGGAUGGCUGGAGAUUUGCCUCAGUGAUUCCUCGGUAACUAUGUAGGACAGUGCCCUAAGCCAUUAGCUUUCACUAGACUGUAUUUUCUGUUGCACUCUGGCUAUGCCUAAUGCAAUAAUUUGGUCCCAGCUGCUAACUUUCAUUAACACGCUGUGUACUUUGAUUAGUUUCAUUAGUUGCUUCCCUAUGUGUAAUUAAUUAUGCUUCUAGUUGAUUCUAUUUUAAUUCUUUGUAUAUAUAUUUGCUCCAUGUUUGUAGUGCAAGGGAAAAGGAAGAGACCCAAGCUGUUGUUAGGAGAGUCGUGAGGUCUUUCCUCAUUCUUCCAGUAACAAAAUUCGUCCUUUUACAUAGUCUCUUCACUUGUUUUAUACACGUCUUUACAUUUUGUGUUGAAUCCACCUUUUAUAGUCGAUGCACGACAUUGAAUAUAAGAUAAGAUCUUUGGUUUCUUCUCAAUGAUCUUUUUGGUUUCUUCUCAUGAUGGAGGCAGAUAGUGACUUUUUAGAGAGCUGGGGCCAUGUGCAAUUGUGUGAUUGUCCAGUUGGGACUGGAAAUCUGGGAAUUAAUUGAGCAGGAUUAAUUCUUUUUCUUUGCUGGGAUUCUAGAGUGAAACAAGGACUACACCUAAUAAAUGUAUUGUUAAGGGGGAAAUCAUUUUCUCUACUGUAUUUUCUCUGUAGUCUGUUGCCUAAACAUGUUUGUCUUUGUUUCAUUCUCUAACCAUCUACAGUCGUACAAAAUUUAUACUGACUGGAACCCAUUAGUUGCUGCAGUUUGUGUCAGAUUUAUGCACAUUUCAUUUCAAAUUUAUAAGUCUACUGAACCAACUCUCACUCUUCCAGCAUUUUAAUAUUUUUGCCCAAACUUUCUUGCUGUCAUUUUUAUUUUUGUGUGUGUUCUCGUGUUUCCUUUUUAUGUUUCUAACUCUAUCAACUUCAUUUAUUCGUCUCUUCUGCACCUCCAGAAAGAUAUACACCCUGCACUGUUUUCAGAUGAUGUCUCUUUUCCAUUUCUUAAAUCUUGAGGUGGGGGAACUCUUAAUUAUCAACUGUCAGCUUGACUCACAUGGGCUGUAGUACUUAAGGAGUGGAAUGUGAAGUUAUUUCAACUGACUCCUAGCCAUACAUAAUGAUGCACUGUUCACAUUCCACUUGACAUAAUUCCCUCCCCAACUGGCCUUCUGCCUCAGUUUACUCCUCAUUGGGAUAGUUUGCUCUUAAAACUUGCCAACUUCAAAUGUAAAUCCUGGCAUUUUCUCCUGCUGGGGGAAGAAAAUGUUUCAAAAGUAUAUCAAAACAAGGAUGAAGAUUUUCCUGUAAAUUUAAGGAAGGAGAUGUAUGCUAAUUAUAGAGAAAUAGCAGGAGAUGCUACCUCCUUAUUACAGAGUUGAACUCGGAUUUAGUCAGAACAGACCUAUUAAAAUAAAUAGGGCUUAAGUUUCUCAUGACUAAUUUGGUUUGAUUUGGGCUGCUCUAAGUGUGCCUAGGUUCAAAUCUAAACCAAAGUGGCCACUUGGACUACUUGGACACAAAAUAACAUUCACACUCUUUCAUUUUCCAUAAACUUUACUAGGGCGAAGGACAAAAAACUUGAAUGAGCUUGUAAACAAAUUACUUAUGUGUUCAUCUUGUGACUUGAGGAAGCCCUGCAGGGGUGGAGCCCCAGAAAUGAUCACAGUGUUUUUCCCUUGUGAUGCUUUGGGAAAAAGAACAAAGCCGGGUUUGAGGAAAGUAAUGCUAAUAAAGUAAAGUGAUGUAUGUAAAAGUAACUAAAAAACUUAUAAGGGCAGCAGAAAGAAUGGAAGGGCAAAUUAGAUGUUCUACACUUAACAGAAAAAGGAGCCUGCAGGUUACACUCUGAGUAUUAUCACAGACUUUGAGAUUUAUAUGGCAAUCAGAUGUACCUGAAACAGUAAGAUCCUCUUGUUACUGAGCUUUGCUUGUCAUCAAAGAAAACCAACAUAGGCUUUAACUUUGGAUCUUUCAACAUUGUUUUACAUGUCCAAAGCAAAGAAUACUCUCUUUUAUUUGAAAGGUCCAGUCACUUGUUUACACAGGCUGCAAUUACAUCAGCAAUGUGCCUGCUCUCAUUCUAAGUACCUGGACAGUUUUCAAAAUGGAACCCUUACUGACCUAAAAGGACAGUCAUGCAAGUCAUUCUUACUCCACACAUUCCCUUUGCUUCCACAACUAGGACAAAAAUGUGUACAAAAAUGAGUACUCAUUCAGAAAUACAGGUCCCAUUUCUUCCAACAUGCAUUUGAAAGGCUUAGCUUGAGGCUUCUGGAUCUUCUUUCCCCUUGCUCAUCUUUUUGAUUGCUAUAGGUGUGUUUACUGCUUGAUGAAUGUUGUUUUAACACUUGCUUUUACUGCUGCUAUUUUUGUAUUCAAUUUUCAGAUUUUGGGAGAGGUUUGUAUUGGGGUUUUUUAUAAUUAUUGUUAUGACCUACCUCAAACAUAGGAACAACACAGAAUAUAAAUAAUUGUGCAUUCAGUCUUCUUGCAGUUCUUCAUUACAGAUGCCUCCCAUGUAACAGAUUUUUUUUGACAGUUACCAUUUUUUUCAGAAGAACAUUAUAGGUGUUUACAUGACUACAAUCAGUGGACUUGUCUAAUGUAACACAUGUACGUGUGAUGUGAUAUCCAAGUGACAGUGGACAGUGGGAUGGUCACCAUCAUCAACAUGUGGAUAACCUGAUCAUAACUCUUUUCACAUCACUUGAGAUUUCUUCAUAGAUUUCUGUUCAGCAGGACAUUCUGUGCCCACCUCGUAUUUUACUGUACUGAGUGGAAAGACAAGCAGAAGUUGAUACAGAGUGUGUUUCUUGACUAGCUUUGACUGACUGCACUGUGUUAUGUUUCAAUAGGCCAUCUUCUUUUUUUGGUUUGAGUCGCUGGCAUUUUCAGUGUAAAGCAUUUCAGCAGGACUACUGAACUAGGUGGAAUAACAGGCCUAUACAUUGUACAAACUAUCUUCAUCCACUCUACCACAAGUCCAUUUCACUCCAUGGAUAAAGGGCUGUUACUCCAGGGUCCAGUGGUCUUUUCCUGACCAAAUUCAACAGUAUCUCCAAGCUAUUUCCUACCUCAUCUAUCUCGUUUUAGUUCUCUUCCUGUUCCCUUUGUAUCUCUCCAAGCAUCCUUCCUUAGUCUUCAGCCAGUAUUUACCAAGAGCCCAACAAGCUACAGGACAAAAAGAGAUAGAGAGAGCAGAGUGCUUUGGUGGCUGAGUGGAGUGUGAUCUAAAAUAAGAAAACUGUUGCUGGAAGAAAGGGCAACAGCACCAAAAUAUUCUCGAAGGAGAUGCUUUUAAAUUGAGAGGGGAGGGCUGGCAAUCUGAUCAUGGAUCACCCACAUUGGAAGUAGUUUAGCUUUGGAAGAUAACAUGCAGAUGAAUGAUUUCUUUUUGUUAAAAGAAAAGCCCCAUCCCUUGCCACUUUUGCAUACAUUUGAUAGUGCUACCAUAUAUUCUGUUCUUGUAUGUGCCAUAUUGAGAUGGAUGUUUAACAUUAGCAGAUGUGCCUUCAUAAUUCAUUUAUUGCUGUUUUAUUGUGAUGUACUCCUGCUAGUUCUUUUGACCAGAUUAUUCAUCAUUACCACUUUCUCCACAUGUUUGUCAUGAAUAAAAUAAAAACGUUA